CACACUGCAACAAUCUGGAGAUUAUAGCAUCUCCGAGUUUUUUUUAGGGAUUCAUGGCCAUGGUGGUUCUGCACAACUUCAGCAGUUGGGCAUAGAUGGGCUCGGACAAGGCGAGUAAGAGGGAGAGCUCCGACACGACAGUGAGAGUUCAAACGCAAGUGUCCCCCUCUAAAACACAGGUCUCAAGCUUUCGACAGAGCUUGAAUGCGUUCUGAGAUAAUGGAGAACAUGUCCCCCUUGGAUGGAGAAGCUGGAGGUUGAUUAUUACUCUUACAAUAAUGCUUUGAAGAGUUGCUGUGGUGGAGAGAAACGAAAUCAAAGGGGGGAGGGAGGAGGAGAAUUAUAAACAACGAGUUUUUCUUGGAAGAUUGAUCAAGUUGUUGCCUGAUUUGUACAAAUCAAUAUGUUCAUGAAUGGUCUCCAAAACCUGCUAAAUCCGCUGCGGGAUCUUGCUGUCUUCUUUUCUUCUCUCCCACAUGGCUCUAGAGAACAUCAACAGAUUGACCAUACCGAUGUUUCAAACAAAUCACUAGUGAAACUCCAAGGUAAUAAUGGUAACGUUAUCCCUGCCAAAACACGCGGUGGUCAGUACAUGAAGGAGUUUGUUCUCGUCUCUGAAAUGGUCUGGUUUCAAGAUCUACUGAGGUUUGCUCCGUCUUUACUGCUCGUUGGUACUCUCAUCUGUUGGGCGAGUCAAGUGAAAGGCGGAUCAGGUGCUGUGAAAAGAACCGGUGCUAGAGUUUCCAAUACAGGCGAAGCCACAGUAACGAAAGCAGAUAACAGUUCCAAAGAUAAGAAGAUUCGUUUUAACGAUGUCGCUGGAUGCGAGGAGGCUAAACAAGAACUCAUGGAGCUUGUACAUUUCCUCAAGAACCCUAAGAAGUACCAAGAUUUGGGUGCUAAGAUCCCUAGAGGUGCGCUUUUAGUAGGUCCUCCCGGAACGGGAAAGACCCUCUUAGCAAAAGCUACAGCAGGUGAAUCCGGUUUGCCGUUUCUGUCCAUGUCCGGUUCAGACUUCGUUGAGGUAUACGCCGGCGUUGGAGCUUCGAGGGUGAGACGUCUGUUCAGAGAGGCUAGACAAUCUACACCUAGCAUUGUAUUCAUAGACGAGAUCGAUGCCAUUGGUCGUGCAAGAGGAGGUGGAGGUAGCAACGAGCAUGAAAGCACUCUGAAUCAGUUGCUAGUUGAGAUGGACGGAGGAGGAGUUUUGGUUCUUGCUGCGACCAAUAGACCGGAUGUUUUGGAUAAAGCUUUGUUACGUCCUGGACGGUUUGCUCGUCAGAUAGCUGUCGAUAAACCGGAUGUGAAAGGCCGUGAUGAGAUUUUCAAGAUUUACUUGAACAAGAUUAAACUUGAACAAGAGAAGCCGUUGUGUUACUACUCUGGGAGGCUUGCUGCUCUCACUCCUGGUUUCUCUGGAGCUGAUAUUUCGAAUCUGUGUAACGAGGCGGCUCUUCUCGCUGCUAGAGAUGAAGGAGAUGUGGUUAGGAUGGAGCAUUUUGAAUCUGCGGUUGAUCGUGUUAUUGGUGGUCUUGAGAAGAAUAAUCUGGUGAUAAGUAAACUGGAGCGACGUACCGUUGCGUAUCAUGAAUCUGGUCACGCAGUUGCUGGUUGGUUCUUGGAAUAUGCCGAGCCGUUACUGAAGGUGAGUAUAGUGCCACGAGGCACUGCCACGCUCGGGUUUGCACAGUAUGUUCCAAACGAGAAUCUUUUCAUGACCAAAGAACAGUUCUUCGAUAUGACUUGCGUGACACUAGGUGGUCGUGCAGCCGAGCAGGUGUUGAUAGGGAAGAUAUCAACGGGUGCACAGAACGAUCUAGAGGAAGUGACGAAGAUGACGUACGAGCAAGUGACUGUGUACGGUUUCAGUGACAAGGUGGGGCUGGUCUCAUUUGGUGAAGAUUUUUGCAAACGGUAUAGCGACCAAACACGUGCGAUCAUAGACGAGGAAGUCAGGGAAUGGUUGAGGAAAGCAUACGACAAGACCGUGGAGCUUAUUGAGAGACACAGAGAGCAAGUGGCUGAGGUGGCUGAGCUUUUGCUGGAGAAAGAAGUGUUGCAUCAGGAUGAUCUUGUGAGAAUUUUGGGUGAACGUCCGUUUAAACCGGUUGAGAUGACUAAUUAUGACCGGUUUAAAUCUGGUUUUGAGAAGUGUGACGAGGAGGAGUCUACCACCAUGGUUAAGGAUGUGGUCGAUGAAGGAGCUCUUUCGCUGGUUGUACCGACAAAAACUCAAUUGUUGAAUUAGUUACCCUAUCAACAUGAAAAAGAUUAAAAUACUGAAAUUGUCUACUUAGUCUUGCAAAUUCUUUGAUCUCUGUUGAAAAUUGUUUCAUAUACUUAGUUCUUGAGUUAUUGAGAUUACUUCUUUUGUUAUCUGCCCCCAAAGACUUGGAUUGUGGAGUGUUGUAGCAUGCAGUUCAUGGUCCA